ACGACGUCUGCUGUCGUAAACAACGUCCAAAUGAACGGCCAGCUUAUGGCUUAGCUUCGAAGCUAUCGGCUUAGUUUUCUUUUUGUUUUACACUCCUUUUUGUUUCGUUCGGCGUUUUGAACCGUGUGUUAGAUGGAGACCGACAGUUUACAAUGAAACUCCGGGUGCAGAAUGACAGAAGUGAUUCCAGAAGAGCUUUGAAACUGAGGGAGUCUCCUACUGUAAUGCAGCCUAAUUCAAGUGAGCGGGGCGCUCAUACAGGAAAUGGCCUAUCCUUAACUCUGCAGCCAGAGCUUCUUACCCGGACACCAGCUUCUGGCAAUACUGCUGCUGCCGCCAGCCCUGAAAUCACUGAGGUACGGGUAUCCAUGACCAGUGGCCCCGGGGAGUCCGGAGGAGCCUCUUCCAGGAGGUCCAGAGUCAACUCCCACAGCCACUCCCACUCACAUUCUCAUGGACAGAGUCGAGCGCAGCAACACUCGCAUUCAGAGCCUGAACUUGAUCCACCAGACUCUGAUCUGGAGUCUGGGGAACCCAGUGCCUCCUUGUCUGAGCUUCGUUGUCUGUUUCGUUGGCUCCAGAAGAGUCUUCCUUUCCUCAUAAUACUGUGUGCUAAACUGGUCAUCCAACACGCCCUUGGUCUGGCUGUUGGAAUUGGCCUCUUCACAACUUUUUUAUAUGUGAAUAAAAGUAUUCAAACUCAAGUUUUUCUUCAGGAUCGUCAUUCAAAGCUGCAGUGUAUUUGGCUGCUAAUCUUCCUGAUCUCUUCCACCCUCCUGCUUUACUACACCUUUGUCACUGAGACACUUUACCAUUGCCUCAUCUUCCUCAGCCCAACCAUUGAGCCACUGGGUUUCUGGGAGGUUCUAUGGGCAGUCGGCAUCACCAACUUCAUUAUUAAGUUCUUCUUUAUGGGUAUUAAGUGCCUUAUCCUGCUGCUGCCCUCUUCACUGGUGACCUACAGAUCACAGGGAAGAUGGCUGAUGCUGACUGAGGAGGUGGGUCAGGUCUACCAGGCCACGGCUCCGGUUCCGUUGUGGUUCCGCUACCUGGUCAUCUACCAGGAGGUGGACGGUACUCCUGGACUCACACUGGGGGUCCUGCUGGCUUUGCUCUACCUCAUACUGAAGCUUUUAGGGUUGUAUGGACAGUGGACGUCUUUACUGAAAACUGUGAGGAUCUUUCUGAAGGGCGAGCACACGGGCACGGCGGCCACGAGGAGUCAAUGCAGCGAAGCCGGAGACGUCUGCCCCAUCUGUCAGGGAGAAUACAGGGAGCCUCGGGCGCUGCUCUGUCAGCACAUAUUUUGUGACGAAUGCAUCGCACUGUGGUUCAACCGGGAGAAGAGCUGCCCUCUGUGUCGGACCGUCAUCACAGAGAAGGUCUACAAGUGGAGGGACGGGGCCACUUCUCCUCACCUGCAGGUUUACUGACCGACCAACCACCAGGCCUGAGGCGGCGCUAUCCGUUUGUUUUAAUGUGACUUUUGUUUUUUUGUUUUUUUUUCUAUGGCUGUCAAACCCCACUGAAGCGUCACGUCUACACUGUUCAUCAUUUAACAAAGGGCUGUGUCCGCUGGCGUUCGAGGUCAGUGAAGGACACACAACUCCAACCAGGUCCUUUCACCGUCACACAUCCUCCCCUCAGGCCCGAACCCCCACAUAUCCACAGUUUAGACCAAGGCUGUCAAACAUGCGGACCCCCAGAGGUUCCAGUCCCACCCCUGGGAUGAAUUUACAAAGUGUAUAAGUUCCACAGUCCAGGCUGUGGAACUCAUGUUAGUGUGGGUUCCACAUCCAGACCAAUCUGAUCUACAGUCCAAUAAGAACAGCAGAAGAACCCACACAAAAGAAGGACUGCAGAUUUACUACUGGGUUUGAAGGGAAAAAGAAUAUUCCAAUAUGCCUAUAAAUAAUGACAACUUCCUUUUUUUGUCUUUGUUUUAGUGCAAAAAAUCACAUUAAAUUCUGAAACUCUUUCCAUUUCCAAACUCUCCUGUACCAAUAAAAUGUGACUAACCUGAAC